UAAGACGGUCAAUUUGGGUUAAAUGAGCAAACCUAAAAGAGUAGGGUUAAUUUGGUAGUUAGGCUAUAAACUAGGCUCAAAUAAGUAAUUGUCCCUUUAAUUUUUAAUUAAAUUUGUCAAUCUUCGUUCUAAUAAUGCCACAUCAACAUCACAUGGGAUAAGAACCAAAUCAAACCAUCCACGUUGGAUGAAACCGUCAUCAAAACUGUUUUUAUCUUAUUUGCAGUUUUUUUUUUAAGUUGAGGGAUGCAUUAUAUUUGGUAUUUUGGUUGAGCUACAGAUUUCAGACUUGUUGACAACCUGAGGGAUCUGAAGUGAACUUAUUUAUCCUAAAGGCGGGCCAGGUUAUAUUGGCACCGGGGCCACCGAGCCUAGGGGCUUUGAAGCAGGCCCAGAAGACUCAAUUAUGGAGUGCGGCAUGGUGCACCUAGUCCAGGUGUUGGUCACCCGUUGUGUUUGUUGGGGCUAGACACCAGCCGUUCGAUGAAGCCACGAUCCGCGUCGCCAUGCAUCUAACGGUCGGAUCGAUUCGAUAUGCGCUAUGUCUGCCUGCCCCUGACCAUAUCGCGUUCCCUUCCCGGCUGUGGCUGUAAGUCGAGUUGAGAUCGAACCUUUCCCCUCGUCCGACUGGUCUACCCAGAGAAACCCUAAUACUCGCAGAUCCCCUUCGCCUUCAUACACCUCCAUCCACAGCUGAUGGCUACCAUGGGGUCUGCACCUUCCUAUGUCGUGCUGGACCGCGUGGUUCAUCUGGACAAGGAAGCCGUCAAGGAAGAAUCGGAGUGGGCGAUCAUGGAGUGUAGAGAUCGGAAGACCUACCUGCGCAACGACCACGUCGGCGACGAGGUGGUGUAUGGCUUGUCACUCCUAGUGCAGAUCGCCGAGCCGCCGGAUCUCUCCAAGCUGUCCAUCCGCCUCAGCGAACCCCCCGUGCAAGUCGCCGCCCGACCAGAGGAGAUCCUCGACGAUGGCUCCUCCGUCUUGCAGCUCUUGGACUUGCCUAAACGGGCCCUCAACCUGCACACCUCCGUCCAGUCCGUCGCCGACGACCUCAUCGUCUUCACCUCCUGCCUCCGCAAUCGCACCCACCGCUACCUAGUCUACGACGCCAUCGGCAAGUCACUCUCCAUGAUCCCUUGCCUGCCCAACCGCUGCGAUCCCUCUGCCACGUUCCAGCCUCUCCCUCUUCGUGCCGGCGCCGGCGGCGACUACACCAUUGCCCUCCUGGGAAGGGACAUGCGGUCCGACCGGGAAACCACCAGGCGCUUCUUCCAGGAUGUCCUCUGCCUGUGUCCGCCGCCGCCAUCCUCGAGACCUCCACCGCCAUCCUCCUUCUCCGCUGUCACCACGCCGUGGCAAUUCAAGAACCCGCUCUUCCCUCCAGAGACGCCGAAUCGCUUCAAGGCCCAUAUGGUGUUCUCGUCCGGAGGUCAGGCUUUCUGGGCCAACCUCGCGCAAGGUGUCCUCUACUGCAGCUGCCACGACGUGCUCACCGGUGGCUACGAUGUGCCGUUCCGCUACAUCCCGCUGCCGCCUGAGUGCCAUCUUGACCCCAUGAAGAAUCAGCUGCGGUUAUGCCGGACAAUGAACUGCGUUAAGGACUCCAUCAAGUUCGCUUCUAUUGACAUGGUGCCCCCUGAUGAAGCUAUGAUGACGACUUGGACUCUGACCCUGGCCACCACGCAGUGGCACAAGGAUGGGGAACUCCGUGUGGCAAGCCUGUGGGAGCUGGAGGGCUUCAAGAAGGCCGGGUUGCCUAAGGUCAAGCCGACUAGCCCCGUCCUGAGCAUGGAGGAAAACGGUGUCAUCUGUUUCAUGCUCAAUGCUGCUGAAGAAGGGGUGUACAUGGUCAGCCUCAACAUGCACACCAAGAACAUCAUGUCCUCCACCAGGCUCUCCUCCUGCCCAACACAGCCUUUGGGUGUAGAAUUUCCCAAACACAUUCAGAAUCCAGUUCCACCCAAGAGGGAUCGUGAUGAUUUGGAGGAGUGCUCGACUGCAAUCAAGAGGAGGUUGUCAAGAACCUGACAUCUUCGUCAGCACUGGAAUGGAAGGAUUGGAGGCAGACGUCUUGUGGUGCUGGAGCAGACCUCAUCUAGUCAUGCUGCUUAUACUUACAGUAUCAGGGAUCGAAAUCUGCAUCGUCGUGCUUUGUUUUGCGAGCUGCUUCUACGUUUUCUAUGGCUGCUGCUGCUAUAUAUGGUUGUCUGUAGAUCUGGAUGUGCUUCAGAAAUAGGAAUUUAAUCUGGCUGCUUAUUUUGUUCCUAGCUUAUGUAUUGCAGCAGUAACUUCAGAAACAGGAAUUUAAUCUUACUAUGACUUAGGAGUACAUGUGAUCUCCCAUGCAUAUCUUUCUCAUCUAUGCUGGCUUGCUUGCUAUUAGUGUUGAUGCGUUGUACCAUGUUUUUUUGCUUGGAAUCGGCUGUAGCUUUAUGGUCCUCUUUCGUUCAACUUGUCCAAAACCUGGAACAUAAUUGUCUGACUUAUAGAGAUUUAUGGGCCCCUUUUCUAA